AUUCAAGGUUUUCUACUGCUAUCUUCUCUUCUCUCUGCGUGCAUUCUGAUGCAGCAGCAGAGAGCUCAGGGACAUCAGGGGCUACAACAGCACUACACUUGUGGCUGUUCUCCAACAACCAGGAACUUUCUGAGGGAUCAUCAUGGGAAACUGCUGCUCCAGGCAAAAAAAGAUUAAGAAAGCUGAUACGAGCAACGAUAACAAGGCUAAUGAGGAUGUAACAUACGCUUCUAUCAACCACACCAAUGUCCAAGGAUCAAGACGGGCCAAAGCUUCCAUAGACAACGACUGUGACUAUGCUAUGGUUAACAUCCCAGCAGCUUUGCAACCUGAGGCAGAAUCUGAAUGCUCAUCUAAAGAUGAAUGUACAGAUGAUUAUGUACUCAUGGGGUAAAUAAAAGAAGAGGAAAAGCUCAUAUGGACAAGUAAAAAACAAUCCUCCAAAUGUCAACUGAUCCAUAAAGGUGUGGAAAAGCUUUUUCCUCCUGAUGAACUUUCAAAGUUAAUCAAGAACAAAUCUUGAUCAUCAAAGAGAAACUGCGGAAAACUGAAAAAAGAAACUGAAGGUGGCUGUUGACAUGUUUAACCUCAAUACAUUUCUUUUUCCUCUCUAAGGUAACUUUUAACCAGGACACAACUGUGGUGUUCCUUCCUCAAGCAGACAAAUAUGCAUUUGAUCUGUUUACAGAAGGAAUUUAGGGGAGUAUUUUUGUUUGUUUAUUGUUUGUUUAGCUUCUUUAUGAAUGCUGGUAACUCCUAAGGCUUCAUAACAGAUGGACUGUUUGGAAGCAGAAAGAGAAGAAAACAAUUCUCACAUAUAUAUAUAUAUAUAUAUUCAGUAUAGUGAAAGUGAACAAAACAUACAAAAAAUAAUAAUAAAA